AGUCCCAUUCUGAGUCUUUAUCCACCCGCUGCGAUCGUCUGGGCAGGAGUCUGUUUGCUCACAGCGCCUGUAAUCUCUCUCAACCUUCACCGUAACCUGACCCCAGCUGAUAUUUUUAGGUCUUCAACCAUGGCAAGGCACUCGCAGACAAUCGCCAAGGGCUGGAGUAUAUUAUCUCGCAACUGCCGUGGUAUAUCUACCUGAUCGAUCUUCUGAAACCAGACCAAGACCAAGAAUCCAGGAACCACAUCCGCAAAGCGAUCACCAAGGUUUACCGGCUCAUCAUAACGUACCAGCUUCUCACCUUCGAAUCUGGCCGUCAUCGAGUCCGUAAUUGGGCUAAAGAUGGAAUGAACCCGACCAAAUGGGGAGACCGACUGCAAGAGAUCCAAGCUGCCGAGAAACAAGUGGAAAAAUAUAUCCAAUAUGAUCAGAAAACGCAGAUAUUGCAUAACCUCCGUCAGGCACGGGAGACUGGAUCGUCACUGCUGGCUGUUGUAAACAAGCACUAUGAAUAUAUUGAGCAGCAUGACCAGGCGGAAGAGCGAAGCAAAUUCAUCCAGCUAUUCACGCCAAAUCCGACGCAACACAACUUCGAGGCCUACCGCGAGUAUCUGGAUAAGAUCAAGACUCCCCUUGAAACAACGAAUAGCGGUGUUCGAAGCCAUCCGAAAUUCAAGAAAUGGCAGUCUGGCGAGCAGAAUCUGCUUCUUCUCGCAGCCAAUCCGGGUGCCGGCAAAUCUGUCCUGCUCAAGUCUGUGCUUGACGAGCUUGAGGGCGAGUCAGACGCAGUAUGUUCCUUCUUUUUCAAACUAAACAUGGGCAAUCAACACAAAGCGAACAUCGCUCUUUGCAAGAUACUGUCUGAGCUUUUUCGGGCCCGGGAGGAUCUGAUCGCCGGCGUGCAAGAUAUGGUAAAGACUAUUGACACGGAGGAUAUGCGAUUCAACAUUUCAAGACUGUGCGAGAUCUUGAAACAGGCAACUGCGACAGUCGCUCCUGGAAGCGUCACGGUGUUACUGGAUGCCCUGGAUGAAGUUGAUACAGACCAACUGGAGGCGCUGCUGGACCAGAUUCGCCAUUUCUCUGAUUCACCCGUCCGAUUUCUCUUCACGUCCCGCCCGAUUCAGCGGGUUCUGGAAAAUUUCCCUCAGUCCGAAUUGGUCUUGAACGUGAAUGAAGAUACUAGUUGCAGUGAGUCACUGUCUGCAGACAUUGCAAAGGUAGCCGAAGACCAGCUGCAGCACUUCUUCCAGGAGAAGAAGAUCAGGGACAAGAGUCUUCAGUCAAAACUCCGGGAUCAGGUUCAGGACCGGGUCUACGCCAAUCGGACGUACCUCUUUGUUGGACUGCUGUAUGACUACCUUAACCGCCAAACACCUCGGAUACAGCUUAGGAGCUGGCUGAAGGUGUUCCAGUCCCUGCCUAGCACUGCCUUUGAAACGUACCGGGCGUUUCUUGAUAGGAUCGAUGAGGAGGAUCGACCCGUGGUGAAGACGAUGCUGCAGAUUCUCUUGGCCGCCCAGCGACCUCUAACAGUGACGGAAAUGAAUAUCGCUCUCGAGAUCAAGGAUUCGGAAGAGAUCACCAGUACCGAAGACUUGUAUGUGCAAGACAGUAAAGAAUACGAAGCAUUAAUCCACGAAACGUGUCACUUCUUUCUGGUCAUUUAUGAUAAUCGGGUUCACUUCAUCCACCAAACCGUCGAAGACUAUCUUCGUCCGAGACAGGCUGACGAUAAGCGACCAGAUUGGCUGGUCGAAGAUCUGACCGACGUGAAAUGUCAUCAGACUCUGAUGGAUAUUUGCACUAGGUACAUCUCAUCUCCGCUGCUGGAAGGACCGGCGAUAGACAGUCUGGAGGACUUUUUGGAUGCCCCAAUGUUCACACAGGCGGAAUAUUAUCACCAAUACGCGAUGGAUCCACCCGGAAUAAAGGACUAUGCAGUGCGGCAAUGGCUGGUUCAUCUGGAUGCCAUCCGGCAAGGUGAGAACAAGGAAUGGUCGGAAGUGUUGGACCAGGUGAGACAGGAGUAUGGACAGGAGUUUUUAGCCAAGGCGGAGCUGGCUUUUUGCUGUUCCAGUCUCCCCGCGGUUAAGGAGAUCGAAGUAUACCGAAGGACCCCGGUCUUUAGCAGCCCCAAUCGCGACGAUGCGUUGAGCUGCCUCAUUCCGAGCUUAGGGCUACAAUAUCUCCGUACAGGAUUACAUCAGGGCCUGACGUAUGCCAUUGAAUUGGGACAAGAGGUCCAGUUGAGUGGAUGUUCACAAGAUGAUUCACGACGCGCUCAGAGACUCAUAGACCUCAGCCGGACUUACGUGAUGAGAGGUUUGAUUGAUCGACGUAAGGAGGACAUUGAGUGUUCUCUCGACUUAAGCGAGCAGGCAAUCAGAAUUACCUCUCCUGACCACGUCAAUCGGUCUCGAGCCUUGGAAGCCCGCGCCGCUGCUCUCGGUCAAGGAUUUAUACUGCGGUUCUGGGGGGAAGAGAAAAUUAACCAAGCGAUUGAGGACAUUGAGAUGGCUCUCAAUCCUGUGGAACACACCAUCACCGAGCAAGACAGCAAAUACUUUUCGCACACACGGGCCGUCAUCUUGGGUAAUCGGUAUCAAAGUCCAAACAAACAUGUCGGGGAUCUUGACGAGGCCAUUAAAUCAGCCCAAAGGGCCGUGGACAUGAUAUCCGACAUGAACCCACUUCGGGUCGUUGCACUGCGCUCUCUGGCAAUCUUGCUUGGGCUUCAUGCUAGCGAAACCAGAGAAAAGGACCACAUAGCUAGAGCCAUCGCCAUAGACCGGCAGGCUCUCGGAAAAGACCGCUCUCAGGAUUCUUCCCUCGACCGUGCGGGGAUGCUAAAUGUAUUCGCGAGACAUUUGAAACUGCAAUACGAAACCAGUGAUACCAAGGAUCCGGCUGUCCUGGAAGAGGCACUGCAUGCGGCUAGGAGUUCUGCUCGUUUAGCCCAAAAAACCCACGUCAGCUACAAGUAUUAUCACUCAGCAUAUCAGGCAUUGCGACAGCUUGCCAAGAGUGAAGGACUCUCCCUUAAAGAUUAUCCCGGCGACUCGGAAAGCGAUUCUACCAUUUGAGGAAGAUGCCAGUUCAUGUCAGAUCUUCAAGCAAGAUUCUAUGGAAUGAAUGUUACCAGGCGUGUGCCGGUCUGUCUCGGCUUGUCAACCGAAAAUCGUUUGUAUCGCGGG